AUUAUAAAUAUAAUGGAAAGUGCUUUUAUUUUUGGAUGUCUGUUUGGAAUGGGAAUCAGAAUGACAGUGAGUCGAGUAAUACGUCAACCACUUUUAUAUAGUAAUUAGUCUAUUAAAUAAUAUAGAGUGUCAUUAGUAUCCAAAGUAUAUGUUGUAUACAGGAAUUGCAUUCUCAGGAUUUGAUUGGAUUCGUCGUCUUUCAUUAGAAACUUUAUGUGAGAAAGAGGAAUUAUCUGAGUAUUUGGUUCGUACAGCUCGAAUCAAUUAGCUUGCAACUGGAGCUGAAUCAGUAGGGGAUUACAAGAAGGAAUUUGUCUAAAUAGCCGUAGACGAGCACAUAUAUUGAUU